CUUGUAAGCUGGGGGUGCCCACACUUUUUGGCUUGGACAGAUGACCACACGCGGCAGCUGAUCCGGUGGAGAGCCCGGACAGCGGAACGCUGCCCGCAAGGGUUUUGAAGCAUGUGCACAAGAGAUGGGGGUGGAGGGGAUAGUCCCCGUCCUCGCUCUGAAGAAGAGGUGGGAGAAUUUGAAGCAGAAGUACAAAGAGCUGAGGACCCCUAAAACAGGGGUUAGUACAGAGGGAGGGGAGAUGACAGCUGCUUCCUGGAAGUGGUACAAUUUAAUGGAUGAGGUGCUUGGGGCCAGCCACAUCAUCACACCGCUGGCCCUGGCAUCUUCAUCCUCCCAGGGAGAAGCUGUCAUGUCCUUUCCCUCUCAAGAGUCAGUUGCUGCCUCUGCCUCCACCUCAGCCUCCACCUCUGCCUCCACCUCUGCCUCCACCUCAGCCUCUGACUCUGCCUCCAGCUUAGCCUCCACCUCUGCCUCCAUCUCCUCUCCUGCCACUGGCUCUCCUCCCAGACCCAGCACCUCCUCUCUGUCCUCCUUCUCCCACUCCUCCACCUCCUCUCCACCUGCCAAAAGACGCAGGAGACCACCACCGUGGAUGAGACUGUUUGAGCAGCUGGAGAGGAGGGACGAGGAAAGGGAGAGGAAAGCAGAAGAGAGAGAGGAGAGGCUGCUCAAUGAGAUGAGGGAAAGGGAGGAGAGAUGAGAGAGCAGCAGGCGAGGAGGGACAGGGAAAGCAGGGAUAGAGAUGAGCGGUUUGCGCGAGAAGCGGCUGCCCGUGAGGAGCGCUUCUUAAAUAUUUUGUUUAUUUGUUUAUAAUGUUUAUGUUGGCAAGU